AUGAAUAAUUGCAUCGUUGUUUUAAUCAUGGGGCUAUUUACAUUAUGUAUAGUAACCAUGUAUAGUAUAAUUGAAAACUUAGCAGGAUUUGAAUCUUAUGUUUAGAUGCCUACAGAAUUAAUUACUUAUGUAUCAAUGAAAGACAUUGAAUUAGAUACCUUAAGUAAUGAGCAGGUGUAAUAUAAGACAAAAAUAAAGAAGACUAAAGGAAAAGAGUAGCCAAACUAUUUUUAUAAUGGUAUGAUGAAUUUUUAUGAGCAAGUGUUAGAUUCACCUUUAAAACCUGAUUAAUCUUGUAGAGAGGAUGAUAAACAUGAUGCUAAUUCUAAUGAUAAGCAUUUAGAAGAUUAGAUAGAAAAAAAUGUAGAUAUAUACUAGAAAUAAAUAGAAUAAUAGAAUUAAAUCAGAAGCAAAUUGAGAAAAUCAAUCAGCAAUAUUACUAAAACUUAUUUUUUAGAAGAACACAUAUUUGGCAAGAAAUAAAACUCAUUUGGGAUAGUAUCAAUUAGAAACGAUUUUAUGAUUAACCCUCAAUCAUCUUCUAAAUACUCAAGUUUGGAUCUAUUUAAAAUAAAAGACUCUAUUUUAGACAAUCAUGCUUCGAAAAAUAUACUUCAAAAUCCUAUUGAGCAUAGCAUCAGUUUGAAAUUUGGGACUAAAAUUAUUACAAGUUACUAAAGUGGUGGCAAUUAUAUUGGUAUAUCUUUAAAAGGUAUUAAUUUUGGCUAGCUUUAUGAUAAGUCUAUUGGUUUGAUAGAUCUCAAAAGAGUUGAGAGUAAUCAUCCUGAUUAUUAUUAAGAAGUUAUUGUUGAACCUUAGUCUGAUAUUAGCACAGUAGCAUAGCACAAUAAUGUCAUAGUUUAUGCUAAUAAAGAGGAUUAUGUAUUGUUUCGCUCAAGGAUACUGGUUCAUAAUAAAUGGAGAAACAUCACUUCACUGCACAUGAUAAAAAAUCCAUAAAGAUUGUUUUCAUAAACACUUUCAUUAAAUUUCCUAUAUAUUUCAUAUGAUCCUUAAUGUCUUAACACUUUACUAGUAAGUUAUGCAAUUGGAUAAGAUGAGUCAAUGCUUUAUAAAGGAGAUGUGUUUUGCUUGAAAAAAAAGAAAUAACCCUAUAUAGUUGAUUAGUCAAAUGAUACAUGCUAAGUGUGGGAAUAUUAUGAACCAUAUAUCAGACAUAAACUUGAAUCAUACAGAGAAGAAACUCUUUAUGAAUGGGAACAAGUUUUUCAAGCCAUCACAAAAUAAAUGGAAUUCGAAGUUAGAAAGGUGGAUAUCUUCUCAUUGAAUCUAUAUAAAUAUUUUUCACUAUUUUAUGACAGAUAUAAAAAUAUUAUUGUUGCUAGCUUCUUGAAUAAAUACAUUUUUAUUACUUAAUUAAGACCUCAUGUAAGAAGUAGUGAUAACCAGUUUUUCAAAAUCGAAAGCUUUGAAAGAGAUAAUUCAAGAAUAUCUAAAAUUCUUUACAGUCAUUCAACUGAAUAUAUUUACAUCCUAGCUUAAAAUGUUGCUAUGCAUUCUAAGGUAUUUAUGAUCAGCAUUAAAGACCUGCACACCAAGAAUUCAGCAAAUGUGUAUAGAGCCGAUUUUUACUUUGAUGAUGAUAAUGAAUUGAUGGUAAAAGAUAUAGAGAUUAUUGAAAACAAGAAUUAAGACGAUCAGUAUUAGGCAGUACAACUUGUUUUAGAGAAUGGUGAUCUAGCAAAAUAUAUAAUAAGAUAUGAUGAACCUAUUUAAGUAGAUAAUGAGGAUUCUUCUGAAUACGCUCUUUAUAUUAGCUUUAUAAUAUUUUUAUUUAUCAUCUUAUAGCAGAUGUUUUAGAAUAUCUUUUCUAGAUUUAACUAAGCUAUCAAUAACCGCCGCUAAGGUUAGUAAUAGUAAUAAUAACAAUAACAACCCUAACAACAAAUGUAAUAACAAUAAUAGCAAUAAUAAUAGUAGUAAUAGCAAGCUCAAGCCAGUUAAGCAAAUAAUUAAAAUAAUUAGAACUUAAAUAAUUAAUAAUAAUAGUAAUAGCCUCUAUAAUAGCCAUUUAAUUAACAGUAGUAACAUUAGCAAUAAGUUCAUCAGAUCGUUUUACCUCCGCAAAUUUAAUAAGUGCUAAAUUCUAGUUUAUAGCAAAUUAUUUUUUAGCAUUAAUAAAUGCAAUUGCAGUAAUAAAAUCAGCAUCAAAAUUAGUAACAAAGCUAGUAAUAAAAUUAACAACAGAACAAUCAGUAGCAAAAUAAUCAAGCCAAUUAAUAAUAGAAUUAAUAAAUUAAUUCACAAAUUCCAUAAACACUUCCGCCUCUUUUCAAUUAAAACUAAGCAAUAAUUAUUCAAAGGCUUGUCCCAUAAUAAAAUUAAUAAUAAUAAUUGCAAAAUUAAUAAAAUUAACCUCAACAAUAAAAUUGA